AUGCUGGCUGAGGCCCUGGGGCUCUCAGGAGGAGGCGGCGGCGGCGCGACCAGAGGCGCGGGCUCGUCGGCGGUUGCCGCGGCGGGCGGAGCCGACCAGGGCGGCGCGCUCGGCGGCGAGGGGGCGGCAAUAGGAGCCGCGGGAAGUGGAGGGGGCGCAGGGGGCGGCGACAGCAGGCCACCGCGCGGCGCGCGAGGCGCCCGAGAAGGCGCCGGCGGUGACGGCCCGGGGCGCUACGCGAGAGGCGGCGACUGA